GGCGCCCUGAUGACAUUCUAGCUUUCAGGACGUCAUGGCGGCAACGGGCAAGGGAAGUCACAAGGCCCAACUUUGCCUCCGUGAUCUGUCCCCGCCCUUGUUCCUUCUCUCGUGUGUCGCCUGCUGCCAUGCACACCUCAACACAGCUGCUGCCCCUUCCUCUCUUCCUUCUGCUGUCGGUGAUGCCCGUCUGCAGCGCAGGAGGUGAGAAGGAAGGGGAACAUCCUAGUGCAGUGGAAGCCAACCCGGUGGCCAACUCCUGAUGCUGCCUGCCUUUCUGCCUUUCUCUGUCCGUGUGCGCUGGCUGUGUGUGUGCAGUGCCGCCUCUGGGUGCCCUCCUCCCUCCCAAGCAAAUGGAGGGCUGGGGCUGGGGCGGGCGGGCUGCAAUGCGGUGGCCAUCGGCUGGCGGUGACGUGCAGUUGGUGCCGCAUGAGGGCGCAUUGCGGCUGGAGGAUGGCCCGUCGGCCUUCGAGGGGAGGCUGGAGGUCUACCAUGAGGGACUCUGGGUGCGCCUCUACACACACACACACACGCUCCAAGACAUCUGCUGUCGGUUCCCUGCAACCCAGUGUGUGUGUGUGUGUGUGAGCAGGGUACAGUGUGUGACGACGAGAUCGACGCCGCCGACGCUGACACUCUCUGCUCCAUCCUCCUCCACCAGAUGACCAACAAGACCUCCUCACUGACGUCGGCAGCCUUCUACACCCAGCCGCCCACUCACCCAUUCGCAGCGCCCUUCAGACCCAUAUGGCUUGACGACCUCCACUGCCCCAACGGCAGCGGCACCAAGACAGUGCUCGACUGCUGCCGGCUGGACAAGGAGGAGGAGACCACCUGGCGGAGCCGAUGGAUUAUGGCCUUCAUGGGUGUGGGGCGGCGGGGUGGCGGUGGCGAUGUGUGUGAGCCGAUUGUGUGGGGGAAGGAGAACUGCAGGGGGCACGAGGAGGACCUCUGGCUCAAGUGUCACGUGGACAACACUGGUUGGUGAGGGGAGUGAAACAAGGCGGACAGACAGACGGACACACAUAUACGCAGCGGGCCGGGCUGUGUUGCUUUGGUCAGAUUGGCUUCCGUUGACGGGCUUGAGCUCAGCGGUCGACCCUCGCUCCGCCCGCUGUAUGGCGGAUGACCAGACCACUACCCGUAAGCACACCAUUGCAUUGACACACAGACAGGCAGACGAAAACACCAUACCCACAUCACAUGUGCUUCCUUCCUUUGUCUGUCUGCAUGUGUGGGUGUUGUCGUCAUGUCAUCAGAGCGUCCACCCAAGCACCAUGACCCGCCGCAUUCGUCAACCAGCAACGGCAGCACCCCUUUCGUCCUCCCUCCCAAUGUGCCCCCACCGCCCAAGAGCGGCCCGACAGCCACACACAACAACACACACACGGAGAGCACCAACGGCAACACCAAUCGCACCAGUGACGGGGACGGCCGCGCCCCUGAGGAUCACGCAAACCAUCAUGGUACGUGUGUGACGAUCCCCACCAAGUAUGCCGCCAUGGCCAUGUUGUAUGGAUGUCCUGUGGUCGUGUGUGGGUGGAUGCAGUGGCAUCAUCAGCGGUGGAGGCGUUUCGUCUGGUCAACGGCAGCCACCCCCACGUGGGCCGGCUGGAGGUCCGCAUCAACGGCCGCUGGGGCACCGUCUGCCUGCCCCACUUCGACUUCGCCUCAGCCCGUGUGGUGUGCAACAGCAUGAGCAUGACCACCCGCCCCUUUGUCAACGUCUACCCAUGGAUCGCCUCCCCCUCCCUCCCCCUCGCCCCGCCACACAUGCCGGCCUACCAGCUCGCCCUCACCUGCAGCGGCAACGAGACCACACUGGCAGCCUGCAAGGGCGGGCUGAGAAAGGAGGAGCAGAUGAGCAGCGUCGCGGCGACCACAAGCAUGGCCGUCACGCUGACCAACAAUCGGCCUGACCCCGCUGAGCAGGAGAGGCGCACCAGGAUGCCCUUCAGGCGGCCGGUGCAGAGCGCCGGACAGGAGAGCGGUCAGGCGCAAGGCGCAGGAGCUGAUACGGGCCUGCUUCUGUGCAGUGGGCACUACUUCGACGUCUGGGUGGAGUGUGGGGCCGAUGGUGUGGGUGAGGCGAUGGACACCGACCGAGAGGAGCGGCUGCAGAAGCCGGCGAGGGCCGAGGAGGGGGCAGAUCAGUCAGACAGGAGCGUCACACUCGGCGAUGGCCCAUGAUGAUCAGUGUGUGGUGGCCUUGCCUUGCCUGACGCCUCAGGCACUUGUAUUUGUCGAAAAAGGUCGAGGUGUCUGCCUGUUUCUUGAAGCGAGAGCUGUGCCAGUCCAGUCAGACUUCCUUUCUCAACGGUCUCUUCGUGCACGCUGUUGUUGGGUGCGGGGGAUGCAUGGCGUUCGUUGUUGAGUGUCGCCUUUCGUCUGUCCCCUAGUAGUCCUAGGUUGGCUUCCCGCUACCCCUCCAUUUCACCCGUGCUAUGGUGUGUGGUGGGUCGGUGGCGGGGCGGCGGCCGCAGGACAGAGAGGACAGACCGAAGGAAGCUAGCAACACCCACACACACACCAGACAGACAGACAGACAGACAGACAGACCGGCCGUGUGUAUCUGCUCGACAUGAGACCCUCAGUCUGUCUGUCAUCUCGUUGUUCCAUUGGACACCUCCCGGCAGCUCUCUGGCCUGCCUUCUGUCUGUCAUCACCUCCAUGACCUUGGUCUUUCGGUGCCGUGUGAGUGCUCUGUGGGACUGAGGUGGUGGCGGGGAUGAGAAGCAAAGCGGGACAGAGAGCCGCAAAGGGCAUGUAUUGCUCAGAAAUGAGAGCUACGUACAUCGAAUGUGGAGCCCGUGUUGAUAUGAGUGUCGGUGCCAUUGACUGUAUGACGUCAAGUCCAUUGAACCGAGUCAGAUCUCAGUAAGCACACAUGCCAGCGUCCGACAUGGACGAUCACUCUUUCUCUCUUGCGCGAGGGCUCUUCUUUAUCC